CUCAGAUACGGUACUAUAAUAAUUUAUCUCGUUCAAGAAUUUGCAGCCAAAGGCCCAAAAGAUAAGCAGAGUAUAUGCUACUCUGUUUUCAUGAUUAAAGAUUUAAGCAUAUAACUGCGGGCUUCAUGAAUCAGCAUUCAUUCCAGUAGUUACUGUACUACAAUAAAACUCCAUGCAGGGGAUUUCUGCCAUUGAUAAAGUGGAAUGCGUCUACACAGCUUGCUACUGGUACGAAACAGAUUAAUUAUUUUGUUGCAACGUUACAUGUACGGCUAUCCAAAAGCAGCUCUGUCCAGGAAUUGUAAGCCCAUCGUAACUCAUUGUAGCGAGGAGAAUGUAUGGAAAUUAUGCGAUCAAAUUCGGCAGACAUUCCCACAAGAACUGGAAUUCUGUCUAGUCAUCUUCAUAUCUAACGAGCGGAGAUGUAUUUCCGUAUGGAAUCAGGCUACGGCGCCGUCUUCAUGGCUUCCGGUACUUUGGGACUACCACGUCGUCCUGCUGUACUGCCCUCCCACGGCCACACCCCUCCUCUUCGACCUGGACUCCACCCUCCCCUUCCCGUGUCCCCUGGAUCGGUAUCUGGCGGAAGCCCUCCGACCCGGCUACCCUUCUCCCGACCCUCACGCCAACCUCCCCAAAUCUCUGCGUCUCAUCCCGGCCGCUGUCUUCCUGACCACUUUCGCCUCCGACCGCUCGCACAUGCUCGCUUCCGGUCACUACCUAGCCCCGCCUCCCGCGUAUCCCUGCAUCCAGUCGACGGUGUCGCGAAAUAAUAUUCAAGAGUUUAUCAACAUGGAUUCGGGAUAUGGCAUCGUGUUGCCGCUGAAAGAAUUUGCGGAUUUGGCACAGGCGCGGCGGUUGCAGACGGUGGUGAAAUCAGCUGCAGACGGUAGGGUGUCCAGUAACGCCGACGAAUGCGCGAGAUGCUGACACUGCUGAUUGCGAAUACUAAUCACCGCAACUAAAUAAACACAAGUUGCUGAGGUAGCACCAGCAAGUGUGCUGGUUUUUAUACUCCAGCUGCUCUGAUUUUAUGAUGUUCUGGUUUGACUUGGCUACGGACUCGGCUACUGUAAUUUGUUUUUCUUUGUUUAAAUAUGUUCUCUGGCAAUCAGUUGUUUUCCGAGUUAUUGUACGUUAAAAUAAGUUGAUACAGG